AUGGGAGGUCCCUAUAUGCCCAAAACGGCGGGAAUGGGCCUUCGUCCAACCAUUUCACUCGAUGUACCAAUAUGCGCCGUCUUCCUCGCACUGUUCCUGGCAGGCGCUGUCUGCCACAUGACUCUAUUCCGCCGUAACCUUGCACGAGGGCACAAAUUCAUCCCAUCAGCCAUGACAUUCGGUUUCUGCAUGUCGCGAAUCGUCGCUAAUGCUAUCCGGAUCGCUUGGGCUUGCCAUCCAUCGAAUAUAAGUCUUGCUAUUGCGGCUCAGAUCUUCGUUGCCGCUGGUGUUCUGUUACUUUUCAUCUUGAACUUGCUCUACGCCCAGCGCAUGUUCCGCGCCGUCUAUCCUGUCCUGGGCUGGUCUCGUGCUAUCUCGUGGGCUUUCAAGAUCCUCUAUGGUCUUGUUGUGGUCACUAUCAUUAUGGUCAUAACAUGUGUGAUUCAGAGUAUGUAUACUCUGAACACGAACACACUUCGGAUCGAUCGUGACAUCCAAUUGUAUGGUCAGACAUACUUUGCGAUUAUCUCGUUCCUGCCCAUUCCCAUGCUCUUUGCUGUGCUUCUGUCCUCAAACAGAAAGCAAAUAGAACAAGUUGGCUCAGGCAGUUGGAUCGCCAAGGUGAUCAUUGUUGGACUUGUUGCUGUGCUCCUCUGCUUAGGCGCUUCUUUCCGUGCUGCUACCUCCUGGAUGCCACCUCGACUGGUCACAGACCCUGCAUGGUACCAUAGCAAAGCUUGCUUUUAUGUGUUUGAUUUCUUGAUCGAUAUCAUGGUUGUGGCCAUCUUCUUCGUCGCGCGUGUCGAUCAACGAUUUUGGGUUCCGAAUGGAAGCUCCAAAGUGCGCCAUUACAGGGACUCCGAGGAUUGCGAGAAGAGCACACAAAGGGGUGUCUUCGAGAGCCCACACCGGGACCAAGAGCCGCGAGAGCUUGAGAGCCGAAAGUUCAGCCUCUCUCCUGAAUUGGACUCCACGAAAAUAUGA